CAGGUGAUACAGCCUCAUGUCAACUAGAGCAUGAGACAAACGUGUUUCACUCGACUCUGGACAGUCCGCGUUUAUACAGUGGAGUGGAGUAAGGCUAUGGAAAUCUGAGAUUAUUUAUUUUUUUAAAUGGUGGAGAUGUCUACUUUCUAUGGAGUGUUGAAGAGUUUCAGCUCAGUUUUUGCUUUUAUUUUUCCUCUAGUCAUCAUUUAAAUAACCUGUUUUGUAGCACUCGAGCCUUUUAUCUAUAUCGUUUAAAAUGGCUUUCGCAAAAUUCAGCAAGAUCCUUCGACUUCCUACUAUUGACAUGAAGAAGAGAGUCAAACAAUAUGAGCACGUUCACCGGGAUGUUAAUCCAGACGACCUGUGGGAAAUUAUCGGGGAACUGGGUGAUGGUGCUUUCGGGAAAGUUUAUAAGGCUCAGAAUAAAGAAACAGGCGUGCUGGCCGCUGCCAAAGUGAUCGAAACCAAAAGCGAGGAAGAGCUGGAAGACUACGUAGUGGAAAUCGACAUCUUGGCAUCCUGCAACCAUCAGUACAUCGUCAAACUGCUUGAUGCCUUCUACUACGACAACAAGCUAUCGAUCAUGAUCGAGUUCUGCCCUGGAGGUGCGGUCGAUGCCAUUAUGUUAGAGUUGGACAGGGGUCUUGAGGAACCUCAGAUUCAGGUGGUCUGUAAACAGAUGUUGGAGGCUCUUCAGUACCUCCACAGCAUGAAGAUCAUUCACAGAGACCUGAAGGCCGGAAACAUCCUCCUCAUGCUGGACGGAGACAUCAAACUAGCUGAUUUUGGCGUUUCUGCAAAAAACACAAAAACUCUUCAAAGACGAGACUCUUUUAUUGGAACGCCAUAUUGGAUGGCUCCUGAGGUUGUGAUGUGUGAAACCAUGAAAGACGCUCCAUAUGACUACAAAGCAGACAUCUGGUCUCUGGGAAUAACACUGAUAGAGCUGGCUCAGAUCGAGCCGCCCCACCAUGAGCUAAACCCCAUGAGGGUCCUGCUUAAAAUUGCCAAGUCUGAGCCGCCCACCCUGGAGCAGCCCACCAAGUGGUCAAAGGAAUUUAAGGAUUUCCUGGAAAAGGCUUUGGAUAAAAACCCAGAGACGAGGCCGACUGCUGCUCAGCUUCUUGAACACCCUUUCAUGAGCUCUGUGAAGACAAACCGGCCGCUGAGAGAGCUGGUGGCUGAAGCUAAAGCUGAAGUGAUGGAGGAGAUCGAGGACAAUCAUGAAGAAGCAGAUGAUGAUGAUGAGCCAGCUGAUCCCUCACCUGCACAGGCCCCAGGCAAAGACCCGUCUGAACCCAGUGAGACCAGUUUAGAAGGGGACCAUCUGCAUGACACACACCUCAACAAAACUUUAAUCGAGGUUGAGGAGGAGCCCAGGAACCCAGUGAUUGCUGAGACCCCUGUCAAAGAGCAGGACAGCCUCAGUGACAAGUUACCUGAAGAUCACGACAAACCAGUGAGCGAGACAUCAGGCAAGACCUCCAGCUCUGACUCCGGGAUCGAGGAUGGGAAGAGCACACCCACCUCAGAGGAGGACUCCAAAGCAAUCGAGAGCUCAGUCCCGGAGUUAACUUUACCACUGAGAACAGCAGAACCUUCAGAGCCAUCGGAGUCUUCUUCAGAUACUAUGGCGCAUCCAUCGGUGAAGUCAGAGAAGCCUGAGGAACCGGAGACAGAAGCGCGCCAUAAAGGAGCUCCAGACUCGCCUUUGUCCACCAAACAACCAUACGAUGUGCUCAAGAGAACCGCAUCCAAGGAGCGGCAAAACCGUUUGUCUGGAGUGAGCGACAGGUCAUCUACGGUUGGGGAGGAUGUGGAGAGUUUGGUUCCUUACUCAAACGGCAGGUUAUCAAAGCGAUACUCGGACGAGGACAGCGAAAACAUGGACAUGAGCCCGAAUAUGUCUGGAGACAUGUCGGUCAACAAGGACACGGGCACCAUCUCUGUCAGGGACUCCAAGAAGACGCUCAAACGCACCCGUAAAUUCUGGGUUGACGAUACAGAGGUGUGCGUCACCACCACCAAAAUCAUCAGUGAUGAUGAGACGAAAGACGAGGCGAUGAGGUUCCUCAGGCGUCAGGAGCUGCGAGAGCUGCGUCUGUUACAGAAAGAGCAGCAUCGUGCUCAGGCCGUUCUCAACUUCAAACUCAAAGACCAGCGAGAGCAGAUGCAGCGCAGAUUUGACCAGGAGAUGAAUGCCAAGAAGAAAUACUACGACACAGAACUGGAGAUGCUGGAGAAACAGCAGAAACUGACCAUAGAGAAGAUGGAGACGGAUCACACCGUACGACUGCGAGACGAGACCAAACGCAUCCGCGCCGAACAGGACAAAGCCUACCACAAGUUCCUGGACCAGAUGAAACACAAGAAGAAAGAGGUAAAACAAGAGGUGGAGAAACUACCCAGGGGUCAGAGGAAAGACAGUCUGAAGGUCAAAAUCAACAACUUUCAACAGAUGAAAGUAACUGAGGAAGAGAAGUUUCUUGCAGAUCAGAAGGAAUAUCUGGAGUCAACGCUGAAGAGGAUUAUUGCUGAAAACAAGCGUGAGAUCUCGGAGACGGAGCGGCAGUGCCUCGACAAAAAACAGCAUCUCAUUAGAGAGCAUGAGGCCACUAUCUGGGACCUGGAAGAGAAGAACCUUCAUGAGAGACACCAGCUGUUCAAACAGCAGCUGAAGGACCAGUACUUCCUGCAGAGACACCAGCUCCUCAAGAAACACGAGAAGGAACAAGAGCAGAUGCAGUGUUACAACCAGCGCAUGAUCGAGAUCCUCAAGGCUCGGCAGCAACAGGAGAAGAACAGACUGCCCAAGAUCCAGCGCAACGAGGGCAAAACACGCAUGAUGAUGUUCAAGAAGAGCCUGAGGAUCAACUCCACCGGAAGCUCUGCAGAAGACCGCGAGAAGAUUAAACAGUUUUCCAGACAGGAGGAGAAGCGUCAGAAAGCGGAGCGACUGCACCAGCAGCAGAAACAUGACAAUCAGAUGAGGGAGAUGAUUGGCCAGUGUGACAGCAACAUCAGAGAACUGCAGCAGCUACAGAACGAGAAGUGUCAUCUGCUGAUAGAGAACGAAACGCUGCGUCUGAAGUCACUGGAUGAGCAGCACAACCAGCAGCUGAAGGACUGGAGAGAGCAGCUCAAGCCCAGGAAGAAGGCUCUGGAGGAUGAAUUGAACCAGAAGAAAAGAGAGCAGGAGCUUUUCUUCAAGAUGAGUGAAGACUCGGAGUGUCAGAACCUCGGCUCGCCCAACAAACUCAGCAAGUUCCUGCCAUAUGCCGAUUCCUCGAACACAUGAGCUGCUGCCCCAAAGCACCCUCACGUCAGCGGACUGCACACAAAGUAUUUUACUUCAGGUUUUAUUUUCUUAGAAGACUUGUAUGGAGGUUUAAUCGGCUAUCAUCUCACAGAUCUCAAUGAAAAUGCACAAAAAUCACAUCUGAAAUCCAUGAAUACAGUUUGACGCUACCAAAGUAAGUUUUGCAUCAACUUAACCGCAAAGCCAAAUAACCAAGUUAAACUAAUGCUAAGAAUUUAAAAAAAUCAAUUGGCAAAAUUGACCUACUUGGCUUGUAAUGGCUGAUUUUGAAUGUCUAAAUCAGUAAUCACAUCCAGCUAUACUUUUAUGUUCAUUGGUAGAUAUCUGGUCAACGUUGAGGAAAGUGCUUUGAUACAAUACAUUGAUUUAAAAAGUGUUAGUGUACUCAUGAAUAAUUCAUGAGGGGGAUUGAGCUGUUUCACUAGGAUUCCUUUAUUAUGACCACUCAAGAUCUGACGUCAGACCCUUUUGCCUUCGUUCAGAAGCUUUUAUUCUUCUAAUUUUAUCUUUAGUUACAUUUCUGUUGCCAAAUAUAGUGUACAAACUUUACAUGUUCUUAUAUAUUUUUACAUAAACAAAGUUACAUCUAUAUCACUUUACUUUUCUAACAAAUUAUAGAACCAAUUUCAACCUUGUACAGCUGUUUAAAUGCUGAAAAUAUUUUGUUGCAAAGGAAUUUACAUUUAAAAUUUUUCUGAUCUGUUGCAUAAGUUGUUCUUUACGAAACUGAACAGCAGAAAUGUAUGUUUUAAUUGGUACAUUAAGUUAUUUUACUCGUUAUACUUUUAUUGUCAUCAGAGAUGUUUUUCGUUAUUGUAUGUAUUAGAUCGCAACUAAUUCACCCCUUUUAUUAUUAUCCCGCAAUGUUCACCAAAAUGUGAGUUUGGUGGCCAAUUAUAACUGUCAGUGGCAAAUUUACUGUAAACACAACACACUGGACGAGAUAAGCCCGUGCUGGUACGCCAAAAACUCUGAACUAAGGAAAGGCUCGCGAUAUUUAAGGUUUAAAUGUAGUUCAAAUGUUUUCCUAUUUAGUUUUAUUGUAUUGUUGAUCAUUUUGUAUCUUGCUGUUUGAAGCACUGUCAUCUAACCAAUGUGCAAUAUGUUGUGUUCCUUUAAAUGUGUUCAAAUUUUACCUAUUGUGUUAUUUUACAACCACUUCCAUUCUUGAGCCGUUUGAUAUAUUUAUUUCUCCAAAACAUGUCUGAGCACUGGGUACGAGAUUUACACCUGUUUUUCUAGUUCCUUUAAAAUGACUUUUUAAUUUCUAGUAUUUCCAGCACAAUUACGACCAUUCCUUUUUUUAGUCUUGCAGCUUAACCAAAAGUUUAGUGUAUAUGGAUGUCUGUGUAAAGAAACUGUUGUCCUACAAGAGUAUAUAUAAUAAAUGAGGUGUUUAUUAUUCA